UUGUCUUUGACAUUCCUGGUUUUAGGAUUAAAGAAUGUAUCCUUAACAACAUAACAGACAAAGACGUUCAUCUCCUUCACUCUAAAUUGUGUAUAAAACCUGAACCCUCGAAGACUGUUCGCCCUGCCCUCCCUGAAGAAUACAUGCGUGAUGAUUUUUGUACAAACUUAAGUGAAAAUAAAGAAGUGCGGGCAGGAGUUAAUGGGGAAUGGGGCAAGGAAGAACACCUUACGAUUGAAGGUUUACUCAGCCUCUGUGAUGGUGAAUGGGUCAGCAGAGAUGUGAUUGAUGCAUAUCUCAACAUAUAUGCAAAAGAAAUGGUACUAGUCUCGUACACCUUAUAUAAAUUGAGUCCCAUCUUGAUAUUAAAAAAUUUUAGGAACCUUCCUGUUAUGGCAGUAGAAUUACUUACAGAUGGUAGAAUUCAAUAUAUACCUACAUUUGCUUUGGUUAGUUACAAAAAAACAAAGCUGGGAGUGUAUUGGAAAAUGGAGGGUGUUGAAACUUUCUUAGCGCCGGUGCAUCUUAACGAUAACCACUGGGCUAUGGCUGUUGCAAGAAUGCAAAAGAGGGAAAUCAUAGUAAUGGAUUCUCUGAAUAAUGGAGUUGGACAUUCCUAUGAAGGCUGCCGACAGGAUGGAACAGACAUUGAUAUAAAAGAAGAAUGGACAUUAAGAGAAUUGUUAAAUGUCCCGAAACAAUCAAACGGGACAGAUUGUGGCAUUUUUGCUUUUAUGUAUGCUAUUAUUCUGUUGAAGGAAGAGAUAUGGACCUUAGUCAAGUUAUUUUUUGUUUUCGAAUGACCUUUAAAUUGGAAAUAUUUUUUGUAUAUUUUUUUAUUAAAAUGUUAAAAUGUAUUUAUUUUAUUCAUAUUUUCUUGUUUUGAUCAAAAUAGUAUUGAUUAUUUAUAUAUUUACUCAAAUGUCCCAAUGGACAGCGUUGAUCUUUUUGGUAAUCGUUUGGGUGGUUUCCUAUAGGGUUCUUCCAUUGAUCUCGAGAUUUGAUCUUUUGGGUCUCUUCCUAGAGAAUUGGGGGUUAGCUCAUUCCAAACCUUUUUGUAAAACGCAAAUCGAUUUUGCUUUGUUUCGGAAUCAAUAAAGGAAAGAUUUGUUUUUAUUA